CCAGUGUCUGGAAUUAGUGAAGUAUAAAUAAAUACGAAUUUUGUUUUGAUUGUAUAUUGUGUGCUUUUAAAUAAACAGUUAUGAUAACAUUCACAAAUUAUCUUGUCUGUGACGGCACGGCCAAUGUUAUCAAUUUUUUUCACCAUACAUCACUAAUUUAAUUAUUUAAUUAAUCAAUGGAAACGCGUCCAAUUUAUUAUUGGGUACUGGAAUUCGUUAAUCAAAUACAACAGAAGUCAAUGUCCAGUAGAUUAUUAUUUUGUUUACGUCGCUUUGUUACGCAAGGUCAAGGAGUUUGGUAAAUUGUUCUACACAAUACGAAUGAGAUAUUUCGUACUCAAGAUAUUUUUUCUCAAACCAAUGCUCAUUUUUAUUUAUUGUUACGGUAGACAUACAUAGCUAUUUGUACGGCCCAUGUUUAGCAGUAUCGCUUGCGCAAUGCGUAGUCGUAGUACACUCUGAAACGUAUUGUUUGUUUUAAUAUGGUCUAAUAAUAAUACGCUUGUAGUAUAUUUUAUUCACACUAUUCGUAUUCCGCAUGUGUUCACGUCAUUUGUUUGUUUAUUGAAAAUGAUGUCGGUGUAGUAUAAACUAUCUAAAAGCGACCGCGUACCCGCAGUUCCCAAUAUUAAUGCUGAGAACAACUACAUGUCUCAUGUCUCGUUUAUCCAGUCUUGCCAAGGCCGAGUCCGCGAUAAGGUUCAGCGUCGAUAGCGCACAAUCGGCGCACACGGUGGCCAAUACGAUUUUUAUGGGUUUGCAUUGCUCAUUAUCGGUGUGAAGAGUGAUAAUCCUCGCGUGGACGCGACGGUGGCGUGUCAGUGCGUAUAUUUGUGCUGUCCGGCGCAGCACGGUGGUACUGGUAUCUGAUCAAUAAGGAACAAUGGGGCGCCGCCGCGGACGCUGGCGAACCUGGAUGUGAGUCCAGUCCGGCUGUACCCGGCGGACGUCAGUGUCAGUACUGUGUGCUUGAGUGAUGAUGUCGCCUCCACAGUUCAGCUUCCCGCCAGAGAGCUACUCGGCCGUGUACACUGGCGACGACAACGCGACUGGUGCGAAUGCAUACCAUUGUGUGAUUCCUGCGAGAACUCCCCGGCCAACUCGCCACCUCCGAAACUCUUCAGCUGUUUUCAUUGCGUGGUGCGUUCGGAAAUUUCGAAAUGGCUUCAGAGAUUUUAGGAAAGAAAAUCACGCGACAGAAAGAAAGAUUCAUAUAAUUAACGACUACAUGACUACGUCAAUGCCAUCAUAUUUGUUCCUAAGGGUCGCUGUGCCUGGCAAAGAAGACGAACGCUGGCGCAAAGAUGAGGGUGCUCUCCUGUUCAAAAGAUGGAGACGCGCCCCCGCGCCGUCCGAGCCCGCUGCCACGCAGGCGCCCGCGCAGGCUGCACAGCCUUCAGAACUGCUCAAGUUCCUAGCUAUUAAUGCAUUAGAGUUAUCAGCUCCCGCGUCGGACGCACUAUUGAAGUCCCGCUCAUCAGAAUGGUUCCAGCUGUCGGGGCACCCGGGGUCGCUAGCGCCCGCGGGCCCCGGCACUGUGUGGAAGAGACGCGCACCCGGCGACCACCCUGGGCACAACCCCGAGCGUGACGCCUACGAGGCCCUGGCCGCCUGCCCGCACAUGCGCACCGCUAUCCCGCUUUACUACCGUGAACUGGAGUAUUCUGGAGAACGGUUUAUUGAGCUCCAGGAUCUCCUCCAUGGAUUCCGGGACCCCCACGUGAUGGACAUUAAAAUGGGAACACGUACUUUCCUCGAAGAUGAAGUCAGUAAUGCACGCGCGCGCACCGACCUCUACGAGAAAAUGGUGCGGCUGGACCCCAAAGCUCCCACCGAGGCUGAGCAUGCAGCGCGUGCUGUUACCAAACUACGCUACAUGCAGUUCCGUGAGCAGCGCUCGUCUUCCGCGGAACAAGGCUUCAGGAUCGAAGCUGUGAAGCUCCCCGGCCAGCCUCCUCUCACGGACCUCCAGAAAGUGCGCGAGCCACAACAGCUCGCUGCCACUGUGGCCCGGUUCCUCGGAAACGACGACCGUGCUCGUACUGCCAUUGCCGCACGACUCCGAGAGAUUAGAGAUCUAUUCGAGCGCUCAGAAUACUUUAAAACGCAUGAGAUCGUUGGCAGCAGCAUUUUCAUCAUCUAUGACGAUGAGCGCGUUGGCGCUUGGCUAAUAGACUUUGCAAAAACCAGAAAAGUCCCUGACGGUACUGAAGUAAACCACCGCUCGGCUUGGCAGCAAGGCAAUCACGAAGAAGGAUUCCUGUACGGUUUAGAUAGACUGAUAGACACUAUAGAAACGGCUAAGUUAUCUCCACAAAGCGAUGAAACAGUGACAGAACCUGAUGUGUCACGUUGAACAUGUUGGCGAGAGGACCCCGGACUCGCCUCGGUCGUUGUCACCGUUCGCUGGCCUCGUGCCACAGCCCGUACCGCUCCCAGGCUCUCGAGUCGUUGCAUGGAGAUGUACCUAACUAAAACGUAUUGUGAUAUGUUCAUGUUCAAGAAAAUUGCGAUUGAUCGCCUAAAAUGUUGAUCUAGUCCAUAGUUAUUAUUAAAAUGUCAUUCUUUUUUUAUUAAAAAAUGGUUAUUAUUUA